GAGCGGGCCGCCGGGGUCACCAUGAGGACUCUCCGCAGGUUGAAGUUCAUGAGUUCGCCCAGCCUCAGUGACCUGGGCAAGAGAGAGCCGGCCGCCGCCGCCGCGGACGAGCGGGGCACGCAGCAGCGCCGGGCCUGCGCCAACGCCACCUGGAACAGCAUCCACAACGGGGUCAUUGCCGUCUUCCAGCGCAAGGGGCUGCCCGACCAGGAGCUUUUCAGCCUCAACGAAGGCGUCCGGCAGCUGCUGAAGACGGAGCUGGGGUCCUUCUUCACGGAGUAUCUGCAGAACCAGCUGCUGACGAAAGGCAUGGUGAUCCUGCGGGACAAGAUCCGCUUCUAUGAGGAGCUGCGGAGGGACGAAGAGAAGGCGGCCGCCCUGAGCAUAGCGAGAAAGCCCUUGGUGGUGCCCACACCUGGCCAGGACCCCACGCUCAGCGUGAAUCACCCCUUCUACGACGUGGCCAGACACGGUAUCCUGCAGGUGGCAGGGGAGGAUCGCUUUGGAAGACGGGUCAUCACGUUCAGCUGCUGCCGGAUGCCCCCCUCCCACGAGCUCAACCACAGGCGUCUGCUGGAGUAUUUGAAGCACACUCUGGACCAGUACGUGGAGAGCGAUUACACCAUCGUCUACUUCCACUAUGGGCUGAACAGCCGGAACAAGCCGUCCCUGGGCUGGCUCCAGAGCACCUACAAGGAGUUCGACAGGAGGUACAAAAAGAACUUGAAGGCGCUCUAUGUUGUGCACCCCACCAACUUCAUCAAAGUCCUGUGGACCGUCUUCAAACCCCUCAUCAGUCAUAAGUUUGGGAGAAAAGUCAUCUAUUUCAACUAUUUGAGUGAGCUGCGCGAACACCUCAAAUACGGCCAGCUGAUCGUCCCCCCCGAGGUCCUGCGAUACGACGAGAAGCUCCGGAACCUGCACAGGGGCCAGGUCCCCGCUCCCGCCAAGACGCCGCCGCCGCGGCCCCCUCUGCCCACCCAGCAGUUUGGCGUCAGUCUGCAAUACCUCAAGGACAAAAAUCAAGGUGAACUCAUCCCUCCUGUGCUGAGAUUCACAGUGACAUACCUAAGAGAGAAAGGACUCCGCACUGAGGGCCUGUUCCGGAGAUCGGCCAGUGUCCACACCAUCCGCGAGAUUCAGCGGUUGUACAAUCAAGGGAAGCCCGUGAACUUUGACGACUAUGGGGACGUCCACAUCCCUGCCGUGAUCCUGAAGACCUUCCUGCGAGAGCUUCCCCAGCCGCUGCUGACCUUCACGGCCUAUGAGCAGAUUCUCGGGAUCACCAGUGUGGAGAGCAGCCUGCGGGUGACCCGCUGCCACCAGAUCCUGCAGAGCCUUCCAGAACACAACUACGCGGUCCUCAGCUACCUCAUGGGCUUCCUGCAUGAGGUGUCCCGGGAGAGCAUUUUUAACAAGAUGAACAGCUCCAACCUGGCGUGUGUCUUUGGGCUGAAUUUAAUCUGGCCGUCCCAGGGGGCGUCCUCCCUGAGUGCCCUCGUGCCCAUGAACCUGUUCACCGAGCUGCUGAUCGAGUACUACGAGAUGGUCUUCAGCACCCAGGAGGCUCGCGGGGGGCUCGGUGCCGGUGCUGUUGAGGCAGGGGAGCGGAGUGGCCCCGUCUCUAGAGGCCGGACACCCCGACGGCCUGGCCUCGCGCCCCGCGCCUCCGCGGCCCCUGACGGUGCCCGGGAGACUCCUCUGGUGCUGGAAGCGUCACGCUGAGGCCCGUCUGUGCGUGCUGUCGUCGUGUUUUGUAAACUUGCCAUUAAACAAACUUCUCGUGAA